AUGUCAGCAAGAAUUGGAUAUCAACUGGAAGAUAUAUCGCGAUAUCUAGAUGGUUUACGAGAACAAAGGAAAGCAAGUGAAGAUAUCAUUGGCCAUUUGAAAAAAGAACGAGAAUUAAUCUCAUUACAGAUUGAUGAACUACGUAUAAAACUCAACACGUUAGAUACGAGAAUAGGAAAAGAGGAAGAGAUUUGUUCACGUUUGGAAAGAACGAUAGCGCACGCAAACGAAACAUAUGAAAAACUUGUCGAAUCCUCUCAAAGUUUAGUGGACUAUGUUAAAAAAGAAUAUGAAGGCGCUCGCAGUUCAGGAUCAUCACUUACUUGA